AUCGAGAACACCAGGAAAGUUUGGAUUGCCGUGCUAAGAGGUCGGUCGUCGGUGCGCGGCUCCUCACGUGACAUAUUUGCACCGCGGGCAGACGCUAGUGGGCAGCGGACCUUGAGGCAGCUGUUGUGCUUGUCUCGGAGCCUCAGCAGAUGAUGGUGUGGUCAACACUCUGAAGGAUGAGUGAGAUAGACCUGACCCUUGCCCUCCAGCUGCAGGCUCAGUUUGAGGAGGAGCUGCGCGUCAGCCUUCUAAAGCAGCAUGAAGAACAGAAACACAAGACAGAAGACGUGCCACUUUAUCUAGAACUACACAAAAAGGGCAGGAAACCAUUGGAAGAGCCUCAACAGGAGAAGCUCUCCGUCUCCCUCAUAGACCCCACAUGGGAGCUGAUCGACCCCAACCCUGACGUCCACACCCUCUUCCUGACCUUCAAUAAUCAAUUCUUUUGGGGACGUCUGGCCGGGGUGGAGGUGCGCUGGAGCCCUCGGAUGACGCUAUGUGCUGGUGUGUGUUCCUAUGAAGGCCGGGGAGGACUAUGCUCUGUACGGCUCUCACUUCCUUUACUUAAGCUACGGCCACGCAAGGACCUGGUAGAGACGUUGCUGCACGAGAUGAUCCAUGCCUACCUCUUUGUCACGGCCAACAACAGGGACCGGGAUGGCCAUGGCCCAGAGUUCCACAAACACAUGUAUCGCAUCAAUGGAGCGGCUGGCACUAACAUCAGUGUGUACCAUACCUUUCAUGAUGAGGUAGAUGUGUACAGACAACAUAUUUGGCAAUGUAAUGGGCCAUGCCGGACCAGGCGACCUUACUUUGGCUUGCUGAAGAGGACCAUGAACAGAGCUCCUGGCCCUACGGACCGCUGGUGGGAGCAGCACCAACAGACCUGUGGGGGUACCUACAUCAAAAUCCAGGAGCCUGAGAACUAUGGGGCAGCAAAGAAGGGAAGCAAUGCAGCCAGUAAGUAUUAG